AUGGAAGAGAACUCAUAUUUUGAGGCAGUAGAAAAACUUUUUGAAAUUAAAAAUUCAAAAGAAGAUAAAAUAAAUGGAAGUAGUAGUAAUAAGGAUGAAUUAAUUGAAAAUAAAGAAUUAAAAAAUGAUAACUUGAAUAAUAAUACUUGUGAUAAUAAUAAAAAUAAAACAAACAAAAGAGAAGUCAAAAGAAAAAGUAAAAUUAUCAAUGAUAAUAAAAUAGAUAAUGAAAACAAAAAUACAAAAAGGAAAAAAAAAACAAAUGGUGAUGUCGAUAUAAAUAUAGAUGAAAAUUGUGAUGAAGAUAAUGAUAAAAAUGAUGAUAAAAAUGAUGAUGAAGAUGAUGGUGAAGAUGAUGGUGAAGAUGAUGGUGAAGAUAAUGGUGAAGAUGAUGGUGAUGAAGAUAAACAUGAAAAUAUUCCUAAAAAUAAAGCAGAUACUUUGAAAGAAGAGUCUGAUGUAUCAGAUAACCAUCAUAACAACAGAAAAUCUAAAAAUAUAAAACAUUCUAUAAGGAGUAAGAGUAGUAAUAGUAAAACAAAAGAACAAGAUGAUGAUAAUAAUAUUCAUUGUAAUAAUAGUUCGCAGGAAAAUGAACAAAAGCAUAAGGAACAGCUUUUGGAAAAUAAAGACAAUAAGAAGGAGGGGAAAAAUACAAAUUCCUCUAAAGUUAAAAAAAGAUAUCAUACUAAUAGUGAUGAAAAUGAUACGAAUAAUGAUAAUACAUCAUCAGAGGAAGAAAGGACAAAAAGUCGAAAAAAGAAACAUAAAAAUGAUAACAAUGAUAAAAAAAAUGAAAAUAGAGUAGUAGACUAUUCGUCGUCCUCUUCUUCCUCUUCUGAUUCUUUAAAUGAAUAUAGCUCAAGUGAUGAAGAAAGAGCUCAUAAAAAAAGAAAAAUAAGAAAAACAAACCGAUAUAGGAGAAUUUCCAGAUCAUCUAGUGAAAGUAAUUCAAGUACAGACAAUGAUAAACAUGGUACCUCAAGAAGUAGUGAAGAAAAAAUGUACUCCAAAUAUGAUAAGAUGAAAAGAAGAGAUAGGGAUAAAGACAGAGAUAGGAAUAGAGACAGGGAUAGAGAUAGAGACAGAGACAGAGACAGAGACAGAGAUAGGGAUAGAGAAAGAGAAAAGGAUAAGGAUCGAGAUAGAGACCAUGACAGAUAUAGAGAUAGAGAACGUGAUCGAUAUAGAGAUAGAGAAAGAGAGCGAAGAAAAGAUAGAGAAAGGGAAAGAGAAAGGGAAAGGGAAAAAGAAAGAAUAAGAAGAGAAAAUGAAAGAGAAAGAUUAAGGAAAGAAAGAGAACUGGAAAGAGAAAGAAGAGAAAAAAUAAGAGAAGAAAGAAGAUUAAAAGAAGAAAUGGAAGAAGCAAAAAGGGAUGAUUUAACAGUACUUGUAUUAAAUUUGGAUUUAAAAGCAGAUGAAAGAGAUAUAUAUGAAUUUUUUUCAGAAGUAGCUGGAAAGGUUAGGGAUAUACAAUGUAUAAAAGAUCAAAGGUCAGGAAAAUCAAAAGGAGUAGCAUAUGUAGAAUUUUACACUCAAGAAGCAGUAAUAAAAGCAUUAGCAGCAAAUGGCAUGAUGUUAAAAAAUCGACCAGUAAAAAUACAAUCAUCUCAGGCUGAGAAAAAUAGAGCAGCAAAAGCAGCAAAACAUCAACCUAUAGAUCCAAACGAUAUUCCAUUAAAAUUAUAUAUCGGUGGAUUAUUAGGUCCAUUAAGUAAUAUAACAGAACAAGAAUUAAAACAAUUAUUUAAUCCUUUUGGUGAUAUAUUAGAUGUAGAAAUACAUAGAGAUCCUUAUACAGGGAAAUCUAAAGGAUUUGGUUUCAUUCAAUUUCAUAAAGCCUCUGAAGCCAUUGAAGCUUUAACUGUUAUGAAUGGAAUGGAGGUAGCGGGUAGAGAAAUUAAAGUAGGAUAUGCACAAGAUUCUAAAUAUCUCUUAGCAUGUGAUAAUACUCAAGAAAAUAUAUUAAAGCAACAGCAAAUGGCAAAAAAUAUAAACACUGAAGAGGAAGAACAAGAUAAUGAGAAAAUUGAUAACGAUGAUGGAGACGGGGGUGGGCUCAUAGCUGGCACUGGUAGCAAGAUAGCAUUAAUGCAGAAGCUUCAGAGGGAUAGUAUCAUAGAUCCUAAUAUACCCAGUAGGUAUGCCACAGGAGCCAAUGCUAUUAUGGCAAGGAAUUCCUUCGUUCAUUCAACGAAUAAUAUAAAUAAUAAUGUGACAACUAAUUUAGUAUUAAGCAAUAUGUUUUCAUCAAAUGAUGAAAAUAUAGGAAGCGACCCCGAUUUCUUUAAAGACAUACUUGAAGAUGUUAAAGAAGAAUGUAGCAAAUAUGGAAAGGUUGUAAACAUUUGGCUAGAUACCAAGAACAUUGAUGGUAAGAUUUACAUAAAAUAUUCUAAUAAUGAUGAAUCAUUAAAAUCAUUUCAAUUUUUAAAUGGAAGGUAUUUUGGAGGCUCACUAAUAAACGCGUAUUUUAUUUCAAACGAUGUAUGGGAUAUGACUUGUCUUCCAAAGUAG